UGUCACCCACAUAUGCAUGCAACGUUGCUGCUCGGAGCACUCGCUGCCUUCUCUCUCUGCACCGCUGCUGUUGAGCCCUCGGUAGUCCGGCGUGUCGCGUUUGCCACCUCGUCACCGCCGGGCUCCCGUUCGACAAGGAUGCCCCCAAAAACGAAGAAGCGAUCAUCGGUAGCAGCAGGGCUGGCGCCUUCUGCUGCUGACAUGAAGGCUGGACACAGCCGCAGCUGCAGCUGCAGAGCAACAAAUCAAGGACGGCGAUUGAAAGCUGGAGGGGGGAGUGCUGGCGCCGAAGCUGGCAGAUCAACCCUUGUGUCGUGUGGGGACGAGCUGGUGCGAAUAUCGCGCCGCCUUCAUGACAAUCUCAAAGACCGGAAGUGGAAGGGCACCAGCAAGCAGCCGGUGUCAUGCUCGUACAACGUCCUCGAGUACGCCUCAGAGACAAACGAGGCCUACACGCAGCGGUACGGCGGGGGGCGGCCGCUCGGAAGGGCGUUCGUUGUGGGCAUGAACCCGGGGCCAUGGGGUAUGGUGCAAACGGGAGUCCCCUUCGGCGAAGUCGGGUUUGUUCGGGACUGGCUGAAGGUGCGAGGGGCAAUCGGUCGGCCGAGCAAGGAACACGCCAAACGACCGGUGCGCGGCUUCGACUGCCAGCGCAGCGAGGUCAGCGGGACCCGUCUGUGGGGCUUUUUCGAACGGAGAUUCGGAACGGCGGAUGCGUGGGGAGACAACAUGUUCGUGUACAACUUCUGCCCUCUGACUUUCAUGAGCUCUUCGGGAGGCAACAUCACUCCGGACAAGCUGACGCCCGCAGAGCGAGAAGUCAUCGACGAGGCUUGCGGUGACGCCCUUGCGGAGAUGGUGUCGGCGCUGAAGCCAUCCGUGGUCGUCGCCGUCGGAAACUUCGCUGGGUCCAAGUGUCAUGAGGCGGUGAAGGCGUCCGGGCUCAACGCCGCAGGAAAGGGCGACGUUGAGGUUGUCGUGGUGAACCACCCGAGCCCCGCCAGCCCCACGGGGGUGAAGUGGGAAAAGGCGACGUGCUUGAACGAGCUCGUCCUCAACAGCAGCAAGAGCAAGGAGAUAGACAGGUUCCUCCAGUAGGGGGGGGGGGGCGAGUGAACGUAAAGAUGUGAUUGAAAUCCUCGUUGCUAUACAAUAUCUGGACAACAAGUGUGCCACAAGAGAGAUGCAGAAUUGGUGUCGGGCUUUCAUGUGUUGGCUUGGUGCGCACGUUCUCGUGGCACAAACUCUCUCUACACAAAGUAUGGUGGUGUAGUCUCUGGUGGCCGCACAAAGGUCCACCGGACGACAUAAGCGCGACUCGAUUCCCGUAUGCGUGGUGUGCGCGUGGCUCGCCCAUCAUGUAUGCAGUAGAAAUUUGAAGUGUUUAACGAGUUAAGGAAAACAGAACCCCGUGAUGUACGAUUCAUGCUGGGCGAAAGAGAGAGGUGUCGGCAGGUGACGUGUGCUAUGGAAGCUUCGUAGAUCGGAAUAUCCCACGUGGUAUUCCCGUAUUGGUAACGUGACUUUCCUCAGGCAACCGUACUGGUUAGAGAUUCUCGGUUGCGCUACAAGUUCUUUUGUUUUUUGGCGAGGUCGUUGUGAUGAUUCGGGACGAGCGGUACUUCGCGACGACGGUUUUGUCAGCAAGAAAGCGGUAUAAGCAAAGACGGAAAAUAAUUUUUGCCUAGUCUAUUCAAUCUGACGGGUGACAUAGAGAGCACAAACGAGAUAACCAUUUGGAUUCC